UGUAACCCGGAUUCUUUGAUCUACUUCUACUUUCCUCUAAUUAAUCAACGAAGCUUUAGUGUUGAGUGUUGACUUUCACGCAUCAUAUAUUGUUUAUUUAAUCAGUUGUCUCUUGUAAUUAAUGUUCCUUUCUUCUCAGUCUACCAUUUCUUACUGACUCUUUGAUUUUGGGCAGCUAGCUAGGUUUCUCCGUCACUGUUUCACCAGCAAGUCAAAUCGCAAGCAUUAUCAAAGGUUGAACCACCGCCACCUAAACAUCUAAUUUUAAAUCAGACAACCAAGCCAAUCGGUUAAGCUGCUUACCAAAGAUAUAUAAGUCGUGCAUGAUAGCGUUGUUUAACAUGUUUAAUGAUUGAUUAAUCAUUGUUUUCAUAUUUUCACAGAAACCUAUAGAGUAUAGACUAUAGUUUAUUGUUUUUAGUUCCGAGUUCGUUUGGGUUUCUGCGGUUAGCUCCAUUAACUUUGGAGGCUCAUAUCGGGGCAGUAUUGUGUUUGUUAUUUUUACAGAGGUGCAUUCUACUGUUUUUUUUCUAGGGACUUCUUAUAUGGUAAUGAGGAUCUGCUUGACCAUUAGAUUUAGUAAUAUUGAAGACGUGAAGAGAACCACCUUUUAAGGUGGAUGGAAUCAUAUGAUAAGCAUAAAUGUAUAUAAUUAUAUAAGUUCUUGAUUUUUAUGUGAAAAAUUAAGAAAACAUACUUUUUGAAAGAAGAAGAAAAAAAAAAGGAAUAUAAAACCGGAUGAAAAUUUGUAUAGGAAUUAUUGAUAGAUAGAUAAUGGGUUCCACUAACUAGCAACUAAAUCGUGUUCAUGAAUUAGGAAUGAAACAUACAUAUGCAUGAUCAAAUAUUAGGGAAUAAUGAAGUAUACAAAACAAAAGAAAAAUAAGACUCAUGACCCCAAUGCUCCCCCACAAGAAGCAAUUAAGUUGAGACAAACUAGCCAGAAAUCAAAUCGAAUUUUGUGGUGAGCCCCACGAAUUCCAUUUUAUGAGCUGGCGGUAAUACGUACCAGACCAGUUACAUUAACAACACCGGCCUGGUAGCUGUGACAAGACGACGCCAUACCAGUCCAAAUCAUCCCAUCAAUGGCUUCGAGCUAAAGCCCAACUAAUCAAGGCCCACGCCGGGGAAGAGAAGAGAUGGGCCGUGGGGACUAUACAUACUAAUCAUUAAACUUUCCCACAAUCAUGAUGUUAUGUAUAUAUAAUAAAUUAAAUAACCCCUUUUCCUUCGUCUUCAUUUCUUUCCCAAUCUAUUGGUUGGUUCCCUUCUACACACAGAAACGAAGCAUAUAGCAAUCAAGUUCAAGGAUGGCGUGCGUAUUUAGUUUUCACAUCAAGUGAAACCUAGAGAGAGAGAGAGAGAGAGAGAGAAUGGCACCCAUCACCACCUUGUUCCUCUGUCUGUGCUCAUGUUUAGACUUUCUCAUCAACAACCCAUCACCACCGUGGCUACUCCAACUCCAUCACCACUCCUCCUCCUCCUUGUCUUCUUCUUCUUCUUCUGAUGAUGAUGAUCAGCGGCGGCAAGUCUCGCCGGCGGCGCCGCUCACCCUUGCUGCCGUGGGAGUGGGAUACGUUUUUCCUGAUGUUUAUUGAUCUUCGCCACACACGCACACAUACAUGUAUAUUUGAGACUUCUUUCUUCUUCUUCUUCUUUUUUUUUUUUGUGGUAGAAAGACUUCUUUCUUCAAGCUACGUACGUUACGUGCUAGUUCUUGAUCGGCCGUCAGCGGCAGGCCGGCAUGAGGUGAUCGAUUGCAGUUCGCAGCCUUAUGAUAGCUUCUCUGAUGCAUCUCCAAUGGCAGGCAACAUUAUUAGUUCUGAUGGCUGGCUGGGGAAGAAAGACGCAGUUCUUCUGUUCAUCGGGUUGAACAGAAGAACUGUCUUUUCUUUUGUCUCCCGGCCGUACCAACACACGAGUCGACCCGGACCCGGUGAAGAAAGCGGGUUUCACACACUCAUCGGGUUGGCCCGCGAUAAGAUUUCCGGACUGGAUGUCAAACAACAAUAUCAUUUCUCUUUAAUUUACCCGUUGUGCCUAUUUUUCGGUUUUAAUCCAUUUUCUUUAUAGGGUGAUCCAAGUACAGACUAUUAUUUUUUUAUGUAAUGUUAUAUGUUGUUAUUCAUAUGUAGACGAUAUUUGAUAUAUAAUUUAUCAAUGUAUGAAUAAUAGAAUGAUAUUUUCUUUUAUCCAUGCUAAACUGAUCGGCUAAAAACCUAAGACGAUCGAACCAUUAAUCCUCAACUUACUUACUCGACCAGUCGACCGGACCAACGGUCUAAAAUGAAUCAACAAUCUGGAUCACUUGUACAUCUAUAUGUCAAUUACCCAUUUACAUGAGUUUGUUGUUGUUGUUGUUAUGUUUCUUAUUCUACCAAUAUAUAAAAAAUCGUUAUCACUCGUACAUACAUCUGCAUGUCAAUUUGUUUCGUUAAGUUUGAUAGACAUUUGUGAGAAGAGAGUUAUUUUGAACCGAUGCACUGUGAGUACUCUCGUUAUCAAAAUAAAUGAAUAGAUUGAAAGUAGUUGUAGAUAUAGUUGAGGUUAUAAGAGCUCUACGUGACCCACUUAUUAAAAUAUAGUUGUGAUCAAAUAAAUUGAGGCUGAAUAAAAGUUUGAAAAUGUAGGCAAUUGAUUUGGUUCAUUAACUUUCAUUUUUUCACACCUUGCCUUUGUCGAUCUAGCCCCCCCCCCCCCCCCCCCCCCCCCCACCCCAAAAAAAAAAUGUAGGCAAAAUUCCUUUCUCUGUUAUUAUCAUUAUGUUAUUAACUAAGUAAAGCAACCAAAAAAAUGGAAACGAAAAGCUCUAGUGGUGACAAUGCUUCGUCAGACUUUUGAGUUAACAAAUCGUUAAAGCUUGCUGAUUAUCAGCUUUUGUCUGUCAUGUUAAUAUUGGAGUUUUUCUUAUCCCGGUGUAAAUAUAGGAGUUAGUAAAGCAAAUAAACGACGGUCAAUAUUUUUCUAUGGAUGAUAUAAGUUUUAUUAUUUUUCUAUGGAUGAUAUAAGUUUUAUUAUUUGUUUUUUUUAACAAUUCAAAUUAUUGAAACGCAAAUUUUUGUGAUAUAGUAUUAGGACGUUUUUUCAUAUUAACAAUAAAAUUCAGAACUCAACUAAUUCAAUUUUUUUUGCAAGAAAAUAAACCCAAUAAAAGAGAACAAGAUUCUAUCCAUUAAAUAUUACUGAAAAUG